AUGCCAAAAGAGAGAUCCCCAACGAAUAAGAAGAAGGAAACUGCCACCACAACUUCUUCUUCUGACUCAACCAACAAGAAAGUUCAUGAAUCAAAAACAAACAUCAAGCCUGCAGUAAAGAUCAAAAUGAAAUUUCCGUGUACUCAUGCUUUUGAAUGUACUUCGGGAGAAAUAUUGUGGGGACAAGUGCAGUGUAUGAUCAGAGGAAGCAAAACAAAGGCUCAUGAUGGUGUGAAUGGGCCAACCAAUUCCGGAUUCAGUGGGACCAUUUUACAAAGUGAAUUUUGUUAUCGAGCUGCAGCUCGCAAGGGCAAAUGGGUUGUUGAGAGAUUUGUAAAUCCAGAGGAGAAUUGGGUGGGUGGAUUUAUUAUUCAUCAUGAAGACAUUUCUGGUAAGGAAUUGCUCGAGAGAUGUGCUACUGUUGGUAUCUCACUUGCACAGAGCCAUGAGGACAAGCAAAUCGUCUAUGUCAAUCGAUAUGAUUGGUCGUGGCACUCUGGAUCUAGCUCUGAAGUUCAGAAGGAGCUCAAAUUGUAUAAAUCCAAGUCCAAGAAGAAGAAAAAGGAUGAAGACGAAGAUUAUCGUGGAAGUGACGAAGAGUUUGGCUCUGACUGUGAUGAUGACGAUAACAAGUUAGGGGGUAACUUACAACUGAUUGACGCCAGCGAGUAUGACUCCGUGAUGAAAUUGUUAAGCUCAAAGCACCCCGAGGAAUGUGUACAAUACCGAGCUCCCAAUGGUACGCUGUGUGGAAUUCAUGUGUGUGACGAUAACACUGAAUAUGAACUUGGAUGGCUUAUUUUCAGUGGUAAGAAACAUACAGAUUUCCCAGAGAGUGAUGAAUUGGUUGGAUUUAUCUAUGAUAGCAGCUAUUGUGCUUUGGAAGGUGACUUUGAGGUCGAAUAA